AUGGAUGAGCAUGGGAGAGAAGCCACCCACAGGCUCUCCACUGAUGGGCUCUGGCAGGGCCAUUCCCAGCAGGUCCUAAGAGAGUCAGGUUCGGUCUCUGAAGGUGAGGAAGAGUCAGCAGGUGUUAACCCAGUGACGCAUGAGGGGGACUUGCACACACAGUACAUUGCUAUUCAAAGAAACUCCAGGUACUACCGAUCCAUGAGGCUGCCAAACAGAGGGAAAAGAAAGACUUCAAGAGAGGCAAUGCACAUGCAGCGUACUACAGGUUCACUCAAAAACUAUGAGCCCAUCAAAGAGCCUCUGAAUGUUUUAUCUCAUAAGGGAUCACCAUCUCCAGCAAACUCUGAUCCAACAACAUUAGAUGAAUUAUUGAUCCAAAGGCUGCUGCCUUCCUACCCCAGUUACCGUGGCAACCGCCCGGGCUCCCCCAGCCCCGCACCGCCGCCGCCGCUGCCGCCGGAGCUGCUGGCCAGCCGCCUGCCGCCGCCCGCCAUGGAGCUGCUGGCCGCGGCCCUCAGCGCCGCCUGCGCCUUCGACCAGGACGGCUCGGCGGGACAGCCCGGCAGGGACCCCGCCGCCGCUGAGGAGACCCCCGCCGCCGGCACCGCCGAGGCACCGCCCGCACACCCCAUGACGGCCGACUCCUGGAGGAACCUCAUCGAGCACAUCGGGCUCUUGUACCAGGAAUAUCGAGAUAAAUCCACGCGCGAGGAGAUUGAAACCAGGCGAUUGCAAGAUUCACAGACAGACCCUGAGGAGACUUCACCCAGUGAGGAAACCCCAUCUGAAGCAGAACCCACAAGUACAAUCGAAAACAAAGCUCCACCACAAAUCAAUUUGCUGAGAAAUUCCAACUCCAGGUUCAACUUAUGGCAAGAUCUUCCUGAGGUCCAGAACAGUGGUGUCCUCAGCAUCCUCCAGCCAGAUGAGAUCAAGCUGCAGGAGGCCAUGUUUGAGCUGGUUACUUCCGAAGCAUCGUAUUACAAGAGUCUGAAUCUGCUGGUGUCUCACUUCAUGGAGAAUGAACGUCUGAAAAAGAUCUUACACCAGUCUGAGGCACAUAUCCUCUUCUCCAACGUGCUGGAUGUCAUGGCGGUCAGCGAGCGCUUCCUGUUGGACCUUGAGCAGCGGGUGGAAGAGAACAUCGUGAUUUCGGACGUGUGUGAUAUUGUCUACCAGCACACAGUUAAUCACUUCUCUGUGUACAUCACCUACGUCUCCAACCAAACCUACCAGGAGAGAGCCUACAAGCAGCUUCUCCAGGACAAACCAGCCUUUCGAGAUGUGAUCUCACAGCUAGAGCUGGAUCCCAAGUGCAAAGGCCUGUCCUUUUCUUCCUUCCUGAUUCUGCCAUUUCAAAGGAUCACUCGACUCAAGCUGCUGGUGCAGAAUAUUUUGAAGAAAGUGGAAGAAAAAUCUGACAGGGAAUCCACUGCCCUGGAUGCACAUAAAGAACUGGAAACGGUGGUGAAAGCAUGUAAUGAAGGUGUCCGGAAGAUGAGCCGAACAGAGCAGAUGAUCAGCAUCCAGAAGAAACUAGAAUUCAAGAUCAAGUCUGUACCUAUCAUCUCUCACUCCCGCUGGCUGCUGAAGCAGGGGGAACUGCAGCAAAUGAAUGGUCCGAAGACAUCACGAACGCUUCGCACCAAGAAACUCUUCAGAGAAAUCUACCUGUUCCUUUUCAAUGAUCUGCUGGUCAUUUGCCGGCAAAUUCCUGGGGACAAGUACCAAGUGUUUGACUCUGCUCCCCGAGGGCUUCUGCGGGUGGAGGAGUUAGAAGAUCAGGGGCAGAGUUUGGCCAAUGUCUUCAUCUUGAGGCUGCUAGAGAAUGCAGAUGACCGGGAGGCCAGCUACAUGCUGAAGGCAUCAUCCCAGAGUGAAAUGAAGCGCUGGAUGAUUUCACUAGCCCCAAACAGAAGAACGAAAUUUGUUUCAUUCACAUCCAGACUUGUUGACUGCCCGCAGAUCCAGUGUGUCCACCCAUAUGUGGCCCAGCAGCCUGAUGAGCUCUCCUUAGAACUGGCUGAUGUGCUCAACAUCCUGGACAAGACAGAUGAUGGCUGGAUAUUUGGGGAACGUCUUCACGAUCAGGAGAGGGGCUGGUUCCCCAGUUCUAUUGGGGAGGAGAUCCUGAACCCCAAAAUCCGAGCCCAGAACCUGAAGGAGUGUUUCCGGGUGCACAAGUCAGAUGACAGUCAGAGAAGGAAACUGGGAAGCAGAAACCGCCAAUGA